AUGUCUAGGGCAAAGGAGAUUCAAGAAAAACUAGCCUUACAGGCUAAAUUACAGGUUACGUUUAACACUAAUCAAUCGAUAAUUUUAAAUUGGCUGGGAGACGAAAACGGAGAUAAUGAAAAGGUCAAUCAGGAUUUCAAAGAAUUAAGUGAAAGUAAAGACCAAUUUUUUAAGCUACCUGUUAUCCAGCACGGUACAGGUUUAGGUGUAGUUGAUAACUCAGUUGAUAAAAACGAUAAUUUAGAUAUUCAUACAAUAGGUGAUUUUAUUUCCAGUAACAAAAAAGUCAGUACAUUAUCUAAAAAGAAAAAGAGAGAUCCCGCUGAUUCAUCUAACUCUCAUGGAAAUAAUAUAUACAGAAUUGCUAAGAAUGAUACAACUGCCAUGGUUGCUCUGAAGAGAAAGAUGAGAACAACUGAACGAAUAAAUAGUAAGAAAAAUAGCGAUACUAGGAGUAAUUCUAAAUUUAUGAACGCAAAGGUUAUUGAAGUGAGACAUAAUGAAGAAAAUACUGAUGAUUCAAGUGAUGAGGACGAAAAAUCUAAUCCAAGAGCGGCUAAGAAAACAUUUGGUUUGCUAUUCAACAGUAAAAAGAAGAAGUAG